AUGGGUUGUGUGGAUCUGAAAGCACAGAUGGGCCUGGCGUGUACUCACGCCUCUGGUCUGAUUAUCGGUGGCGUUGAUGAUGAAUGGGGUCAGACCUGCCGUGGGCAUCAAGGUGAUGGUAACCCGCACAGAAAGGAGCCUUUCUCUGCGGAAUAUGAAAACCAAUGUACUGCAGAAGCCAAGUUUGUAAAACAGUUGGAUCAGUGUGAGAUGAUACUGCAAGCAUUUGAGUACGAAGAGUUGGAAAACACACCUGGCAGGCUGCAGGAUUUUUACGAUUCAACUGCUGGAAAGUUUGUUCACCCAGAAAUACUGCAGCUUGUAUCUCUGAUUAACACAGAAAGGAAUAAAAAAAUAGCUGCUACAUCUCAUCCACAUUCCUGA